AUGUCAUCUAUUUCGAAUACACAUACUUCAUCUGGUAGGGAUGCUGACAAAACUACUUCAAAUGAUAAAAAUUGUUCAUCAUUUGAACUACCAUUUAUGUCUGCUCAGUCUUCAACAUUAUUAAAUGGUAAUACACCAUGUGGUAAUCCAUCUUUAUCUUACUUAAAUGGUUUGAAUUAUUGGUCGCAGAAAUCAUUUCCUAACACAGAAGUACAUAGUUUUCCAACAAGUACUAAUUUCCUCCCUUAUCCUGAUGACCAACAAAAAUUGCAACAACUUCAAAUGCAACUUUUAUUAAUGGAACAAAGUGGUAAAGAACCACAAUCGGUCACGAAAGAACAUCGAAUAUUUGGAAAUAAAAUGGAAUAUUUAAGUGGAACUAAUGUCAAUGUUCCAAAUCAUAAUAUUCUUAGUGGUUCACAGAAUAUGAAUUUUUGGAAUAAUCUAAGGAUGCUACCGGAAAUGCUUGCUUAUACUAAUCCAAUUAUUAAAGAAACUCAAAAUACAUCUAGUGGAUUAAGUAUUCAAGAUAUACAACAAUUAACAUUUUUAAAUCAAAUAUAUAAUCAAUUGAAUACAGGACAAUCUAAUUCUUUUAAUGUUAAUUCUAUAUCUCAAUCUAAUACAUUAGUUACAGAUAUACCAGGUAUUAAUAUUCCUGGAAAUUAUCAUCCAACUACAAUUUCUUCACAAGAUGUCACUUUAACAGAUUUAAGUUCUAAAUCGAAUCCAUCAAUUCAUUUUACAAACAAUGAUAAUUCAAUGUUAGCAGGUCAAAUAUUCAAUAAUUUUUGUAAUCUUCAAGCAGAAAGUCAAAAACAACGACAAAAUAAUAUAUAUUUUUCAGAUAAUAUUUCUGAUACAUUGAAGUAUUCAAAUCCAAUACCUUUAAAUAGUACAACAUCUACUAAUGAAUUAUAUUGUUCCUCUGGAUCAGUUAACCCAAUGAUCUUAAAUACCUCUGUUCCUGCAUCAAAUAAUAUCACUUCAUUAAAUGAUAAAACUAGUAUUUCUUCUGCAAAUAGUUUAGCCUAUGCUCAAGCUUUAAUGAUGAUUAUGAAUGCUAUGUAUGGUAGCUACAAAACUGGUCAAACCUCAGUUCAUAAUGAUCAAACCAAUGGUUUAAAUCUACCACAGAGUGGUUUAUUUAAUUAUAAUACAAAUCAACAGUCAAUAAAUUCACCUACUGUUACUAGUACACCAUUGAAUACAGAACCAAAAGAAUCAUUCAAUGAUGUUCUAACAUUUCUAGGUCAAUGUUUGAAUAGUUCUACUAGUUAUAAUGAUAAAACGUUGUCACAUCGACAACAGAAUACAUCUGUGAAACAAUCACAGCAAGUAACAAAUCUCUCAUGUUCAAAGUCUACUACCACAAAAAAGUUAUCUGGAAGACAAAGAACGACUAGCAGAAACCAUCAGUCAGGUCAACCGACUACAUCUACAACAACUCAUCGUGGUAGAGGUAGACCACCAAAAUUAGCUGGUGUACAAUAUCAAACACAAAAUAAACAACAACAGCACAAACGAAAUCAGUUGACAGCUCACAAUGAUAGACAACCACAGGACAAUACUGUAGGAAAUUCAGCUGUUGUAUCUGAUAGUAUAUCUCACUGCGAUCAAAACUGUUCUCAAAUGAAACCGGAAUUCAUCAUGUCGUUUUCUAAACCAAAAGGCAAUACACAUGGUGUUACUGAUAUGAAUGAUUUGAAUACGUUCCCAGGUUCUAUGUAUUUCAGUGAAUCCAAAAUUAAAAUUGAACCAGAUUCUCAAGAAAAAAAGUUACUUAGCACAACUACUGAUAGGAAUGAAUCGAGUGUGGAGGAAACUAUUGACGAUGUUCUGAAAAGUAUUGCAGACUGUAAAGGUGAUCUUGCAACAUUAGCUAGCCAGUUGGCAUAUAGUACCCUAGGAAUAACUUCAAACAAACAAUUCUGUAAAGAUCAAACUGAGGUUGAUAACAAUGAUUCAUGUAUUGUAAAUAUGAGCACAACUUCCGAUUUAGCUUCUAAACUAUCUGAUACAAAUAAUCCGUCUUUAAUAUCCCAUGGACAAUCAAGUUCACAUGUCCCAAUUCAUUCCGAAUGGAAUCUACAAGAUGUUACUAAAAAUGUUAGACAAAUUGGUAUGUUAGGAGGAGUUAUGUUCUUGAAUGCUCUUGGACAAGAUCUAUGUAAUCAAGAUAAGGCGCCUAAUACAACAGGAAAUUCUUUCAACCAAUCUGAAUUCACAGAAACAAAUUUAAAUAAUUGUGCAUCAUCAACAAAAUGUAAUUUGAAUACUGUUGUUGAUUCUAAAGUCUGUUUACCGCAAAUCGGAAGUCAAACUGAAAUGAAAUCCAUAUGUGAUACUAGUUAUUCAUUCUGUCCAUCCGAAGAAAAAACCAACUCUUCUAUUGCUUCAACCUAUUCAUCUUUAACUCCUACUAGUUCUUUUAUGGAUCCAAAUCAAGUGAAAAUGUUUCCAUAUCAUGUUUCUCAAGUUCAUCCGAAAACAGAUAUGUGUAUAAAUAAUACAAAAAAUCAGGAAGUACCAGUACAAAAUCAACAGUUAUAUCAACUAACAAAUGAAAAAACACAUCAUGGAUUAUAUAAUGGUACAUCAGAAAAUGUACUUAAAUCAACCAGUUUAUCCAGUUCAGAUGAUAACUAUUCUCAUCUUUCUUCUAACACAACAAAUUCAUUGUAUCAACAAAAUUCAGCUGAAAAAGAAUAUUUAAAAAAUUUUUUCAUUGAAUUUGUUAAACAACAAGAACAAUUACAAAAAGAAAAAGAUGAAUUCAUAAAAGAAGAACAAAAACAAUUAAAAGAAAUGAAAAUUCGGGAACUUAUUGAGCAAGAAUUAAAGAGACCAGUGGAAGACCUACGUCUGAUUGAUCCUAAACCAUUACCAAAAUUGGAUUCAAUCCCAGGUAAUAGAAUGACUAGAAAAAUGUUUGGAAAUUGUCUUAUGAUUAUUGAAUUCUUACAUGCAUUCUCAGAUGUAUUAUGUAUAGACCCUGAGAUCAUUCCAAAUAUGGGAGAAUUACAAUCUGCAUUAAUUGAUCGAAAUCCUCAAUGCCAACGGUUUCUUGUACAUUUGGUGAUUGGAUUGCUUAAACUCGCUGUUGAGGAUCCAGGAUUGCCAAGUCCAAGACUUAUUACUCAAUUACUUGGUCAGAAAUUUAAUGAAAUAGAAUUAAAUGAACAAACAAUUAGUAUCAUACUUCGAGUAUUUAUUAUUAGUCGAAAUGGUUAUGAAGAUGAUAUGUCCGAUUGGCUUCAUCCUCCAAUUCAAUUUAUUGAUCUUACUGGAGAACAACAAGCUAGUUUAUUAGCUUUCAUUUGUGAUGAAUUAAUUUGUUCAAGUCGUCUUAUAUCAACUGAAAUAGAUAGAACAAUUGAACAACAAUCUUUGUUGAAACGUGAAAAAUGGAUUAUUGAAUCAAAAAUACGAAGAUUGCGUUUAUUGAUUGCUCAAAAACUGACAAUCACAGGGAAUUUAAUCAAUAAUACCAUAACAGAAUAUGAUAGAAAAGCAAUCGACAUGGAACCAACUGGAUAUCAAAAAAAUAUGCCAUUAACUACAUUGCCAAAACUCACAUCAAUGUCCAUAGUUAGUAAUUCUUGUGCAAUAUCUUCUACCUCAUUAUCAGAUGAUGAAGAUAGUACUUGUAAAAUAAGUGAACUUGAGGCUAAGAUUGAAUCACUAACUCGAAAAACAGAACAAAAACAAAGAGAAAUUGAUGAAUGUUCAUCCAGAUUGUCUGGACUAUUUCUUGGACAAGACAGAUAUUAUUGUAACUAUUAUGUUUUGAAACAUAUGGGUGGUAUUUACAUUGAAUGUGAAUCUCCUGGCAAUAUGUCAACAAAAAGUGAUUGUUGUGUUGAGUCUCUAACAACAGAAGGUGGUGAAAAUCCCAUAUUACCUAUUGACAGCACUUUAUCUGAACUUCCUGAUUCUCACCUUGAUCACAUUGUGAAUCAGAUAAAAGUACGCCGAGAACUUGCACAACAACGCCAACUUAAAUUAACUGUUUCCACAGUUAAUUCCUAUCCAUGCCAUGAUAUUCCUCUUGAAAAUAAACUUCAUUCAAAUUUUGAAAAACUACAGCUAGAUGGUAAUUCACAUGCCACUAUUUUAAAUCAAACAGAACAAUGUGAUAUAAACCCUGAAACAAUCUUAAAUGAUAUACAACUGAAGAAUUCUGAUCAUUUAAACGGCAAAGAUGUAAUAGAAACUGUGAAUGAAAAUGUUUGCCCACGAUCUCCGAAUUGUGUUCACAUAUCACAUCCUGAUAACGAGAAAAUAGUAGAAAGUUCUGAUGAUCCAAGUUGUAUAAAAGAUUCUUCGGGUAUUUAUUCCAGUUAUGAUGUUAGAAAUACUUCUGAAGACAUAAAUUGUGAAUCCUUAGCUCAAAUACCCGAUAAAGAUCCAAGCGAAUUAUCAACUGAGAAAUAUCCCGUCAUUAUUCUUCCAAAAUAUCCUACGGAGUCUCACUCAACACAAGAUGAUAAUAUAAGUUCUCAGUCAUUAGGAAGUUGUAUAGAUGAUACAAAUGGACCAGUAGGCUUCGUCUAUAAUCAUAUUUCACACAAAGACAACGCUGAAGAAUCAGCAAAUCAGUCGAAGAAUGAUUUUGAAAUAAAAAGUAAUGUUACCAGUGAAGGUAUUUGUGAUUCAUCUAUGAAUCCCAUUCCUUUAAAUAAAGUUGAUGGUGUCGAAUGCAAAGAGGAACUUAAAGUUAAAAUGUCAACUCCCUUAAUCAAUCAUGAUAAUAUAACUCAAGAUACUAUGAUCAAUAGAGAUAAUGUUAAACUAGAGGAUAAUAAUAGACAAACUAAUGAACAAGAUUGUCAUGAUAAACUUGUCAAUGAAAUUUCUCCAUAUAAAUUAGAAUCUUUCACAGAUAAGACAUACACUUUAGGACAACCAUUAGAUUUAUCAAAUAAACCUUUACAUUCAGAACCAUUUUCAAAUGAGAAUUUAAAUCAUGAAACACUUCCUACUGAAUUUAAAUCAGAUUUGGAUGAUUUAACAUUAACCAAAAGUGUAAUGUUAUUUAUGAAUCAUGCUGGAAUCAAUUUACCAACUGUUGAUAAUCAACUUUAUUCUGAUUCUUGGAUUUCUAUCAUGAAUUAUUGUAAAUUUUUACUUAGUUCUGCUAUAUCAGAUGAAAUGGUUUAUUCUAAAAGUUCUAAUUCUGAUAAUGUAUCACCUUUGAAUUUACCAUUGAAAGAAUCAAUCAUCAAAUUAAGAGAGAUGAUGUUAAAUCAAUUUAAAACAGAACCAUUAAAUGAAACACAAAUGAUCAAUGAACAAAAUAAUAAUCCAUAUCAAUUGGAUAUUGAUAUAACAGAAUGUGUUAAUAAUGAAUUAGAAAAUAGACGUAUUCAAACAAUUAAAGAAAAUUUAUCAUAUUUAAAAUUAAAAAAUGAUAAUAUACAAUCAAAUUGGUAUCAACUUGUAGAUAUAAAUAAACUUAAAGAUUUAUUAGAUGCUCUUAAUUGUCGUGGAGUUCGAGAAAAACAAUUAGCGAAAUGUAUUCGACGUUCAAAAGAUUUUAUAGAAUUGUCUAUGCAUGUAGCUUUGGAAAGAAAUUCCGACUAUGAUGUUGUUAAAUCUUUACCUACUACGAAAUUGAACUCACGGCUUAUGCAAAUUCGUACUCAUCGUCGUAGAGGAAGACGUAGUGGUAGAGGCCAUGGAACAACAAAAAUGAGUUCUGGAUUUUAUUACACUGGAGGUGGUAGUUGGAACUGUUUAUCUGGAAAAACUUCAAAUGGUUUUGUAUCAUCUUCAUCUUGGGAAGGAAAUAAUUCUAGUGAAAGUAAAGAGAUCGAACGUCUGCAUUCAUCAACUUCUAAUAUUUCUCGUUCUGAUAUUCUGUGUUCUAGUGAUGAUGGUUCUAGUGAUACUAAUAGUGGACUAACAGUCACAUCUUUAGCCGGUUCCAAACGCACUCUUGUAGACAUGUGUCGUGGUUAUCAUAACUUUUCACUUACGUCUACAGUAAAUCCAAUUGAAAUUAUCAGCUCCAAAUACAAAAUUUUUGAUAAUAAAGGGUUGAAGUGGGAGGAUAAUUCAACAGAAUAUGAAAAUUUUGUGAGUGAAUGUCAACUGCUUUAUGAUGUGGAAGCUCUCGAGGACAAAAUAAUAUAUGCCAGUUUGCAAACUAAAGAAUGGAAGAUUCCAAAUAAAACAUCUGAAGAUGAAAUAAUUUCACUCAUUCCUCGUACUGAAGUCAAGAAAUCACGGUUUGAACACUGGCCACUGGAAUUGGCACGGGAUCGUUUAUUAGACAUUGAACGUCAUAUAGAACGCCGUUAUCUACUUCCACCAUUUAAUUCUGAAGUUCAUUUAAAUAUUAUUCCUGAAGUUGAAACUACUGAUGUACCAUUUCUUCCAGAAGUACGUAGUAAUACAGAGUCUACAGAUACAGGGAUAGAAACUGAAGGAGAGUGCAACGACAUAAAGUAUGACAGAUGUGAAUUUAACACUGAAAUAGUUGAAGAUAUUAACAUCUCUAGACAAAAUCAUGUACCACAAAUCCGUCAUGUAACUAAUAAACAAUCUAGUUCAAACGAUCCAGUUGAUGCUAGUAAUGCGUGUGAUUUUCAGCUUGUUUCUAACCAUUCAGAUGGAUUAAAUGGUCCUAUACAUGACCAAACAAAUAACAAUAUUCCUCAGGAUCUUAUGGAUUGGCGUACCAACCUAAAUCAAGCAUCUGAUAUUAACACAAUACGUAGUUGCAUGAAUCAGUUAGUUCUAGCAAUUGCAUGGGAUAAAUCAAUAAUGAAAGUACUCUGUCAGAUAUGCAGACGUGAUAACAAUGAAGCUUGUCUAUUAUUAUGUGAUGGAUGUGAUCGUGGUUAUCAUACUUAUUGUUUUCGUCCACAAUUAUCUAAUAUACCAUCUGGAGAUUGGUUUUGUUAUGAUUGUGUGUCAAAAGCAACUUCAAAACACUUAUGUUAUAUAUGUGGUGGAUCUGAAAUUGAUGAUAUUCAACAACAAACUGAUAGUAAUUCAUCAAUUUCAGAAAUUAAACGAUUAGCAGUUUGUUAUCAUUGUUCACGAGCUGUCCAUAAUAGUUGUGCUCGACCAGCAUUUGUACGCAUACCAAAACAAUGGUAUUGUUCUAAUUGUAUAUUUUUAAAAUAUAUAAAAACGAGAGAUGAAAAUUCCAAUUUAUCUCUACAGAAAUCCCGAAGAAAACGCAAAGUAUAUGAAGAUACUGAUGUAAAUAAUAAUCAGAUGCUAAAAAGGAGUAAAAUGUGUUCCGCCUUGAAAUUAGAACAUCCAAGUAUGAACUCCUAUGAUGCAUUAAGUAUAGUUGACAGUAAAUUUACAAAUCCAAAUAGAAAAUAUCAAGGUUGGUGGAGGAAAGUCCAUAAAUAUCGGAAACGUACAGAGAAUAUUGAUAGCGGAACUAUUCCAAUUACCAAAUCCAAGAUAAGAAAAUAUAAGCCUAGAUCUCAUACUGAUUUAGAGAAUAAGAGACGAAAACCUAGUGCCUCCGAAGAAUUGAAUGAAUUUCCAUUGCGUAAAAAGCCUGGCAGAAAACCAACUUACCAUUUAAAUACACUGCCUACAAAACCCAAACGUCAUUAUCACCGUCGAUCUAUAUUGCUGGUAUCUAAAAAUAUAUCUGGAUCCCGAGGUCGUCCUCGUCGUCGUUGUCGCACAUUACAUCAGGAAAUAACAAAUGGCAAUGAUGAUAAAUCUUCUACCAUUGAUUCAACAGAAUCUAUAGAGCCUUUGUGUCAAACUUAUCAGCCAAUGAAAUCCAAUGAGCUUGAAUGGUGUCGACGAGCUACAGAAGAUUUACUAAAUCAUGAAGCUUCUUGGGCAUUUCGUAAACCAGUUAAUAUAAAACAAGUACCUAUCUAUCGAAAAAUAAUUAAGCAUCCAAUGGAUUUAUCUACAAUAUGGAGAAAAGUACAAGAUCCUGCAGCAUAUACUACCUUCAGUAAUUGGGUUCAUGAUGUUCGUCUCAUUUUUUCUAAUUGUGAAUUCUUUAAUGAAGAUGAUUCAGAGGUUGGACGUGCUGGACAUGCUAUGCGAGCUUAUUUUGAAUCACGUUGGUCUAAAUUUGAUGAGAAAGUGAAUUUAAAUGGCCAUGAAGUAGAUGAUGAAAGUAAAUCUCAAAAAGAACUAAUGGCUACCAAUAGUGUUCCAGAGAGACUCAUUGCAAUUUGUGAAGAUACUACAGAAACGAAACAUCUAAACACUAUGUCUGUACAGAGUACUAGUGGUACUGAGAAUUGACCAAUCUAUGUUGACAAGAUAAAUGGCUUACAAAAUACUGAUGGAAACGAUACUUACGUUCACUUCAAAAUAUCAUCAGUGGAGGCAAUAUCUGAUCAUUUGUAAUUUGAAAUUUUCAAUUUUCAUCUUCAGUCACUUAUUUUAAGCUGUUUCCUGCCACUUUCACGUUAAAUUCAGUCAUACAUUAUAAUGUCCCUGUUGCUCG